GCGGCGCGCCCAAUCGGGACGGAGUCUUGGCUGGCCCGGGCUCUCGUGGGCUCACUCGCUCUAAGGAACCGGCACCAUGGCGUCGGGCUGCAAGAUCGGCCCGUCCAUCCUCAACAGCGACCUGGCCAACCUGGGGGCCGAGUGCCUGCGCAUGCUGGACUCGGGGGCCGACUACCUGCACCUGGAUGUAAUGGACGGGCACCCUGCUCUUCAGGGAGGUCAGUUUUUUGCAUUUUGUUCCCAAUAUCACUUUUGGUCACCCUGUGGUUGAAAGCCUCCGAAAGCAGCUAGGCCAGGACCCUUUCUUUGAUAUGCACAUGAUGGUGUCUAGGCCAGAACAGUGGGUAAAACCAAUGGCUGUGGCAGGUGCCAAUCAAUAUACCUUUCAUCUUGAGGCAACUGAGAACCCAGGGGCUUUGAUUAAAGACAUCCGGGAGAAUGGGAUGAAGGUUGGCCUUGCCAUCAAACCAGGAACUACAGUUGAAUAUUUGGCCCCAUGGGCUAAUCAAAUAGAUAUGGCCUUGGUAAUGACCGUAGAACCUGGGUUUGGAGGGCAGAAAUUCAUGGAAGAUAUGAUGCCUAAGGUUCACUGGUUGAGGACCCAGUUUCCAACUUUGGAUAUAGAGGUCGAUGGCGGAGUAGGUCCUGACACUGUUCAGAAGUGUGCGGAGGCAGGAGCUAACAUGAUUGUGUCUGGCAGUGCCAUUAUGAGGAGUGAUGACCCCAGAGCUGUUAUCAACUUACUAAGAAACGUUUGCUCAGAAGCGGCUCAGAAACGUUCCCUUGAUCGAUGAAGCCACAAGGAAUCCAGUUUCUGCUCAUGAAACCUUUUUUACUGGAAAAAGGAAUAUUGACUACCAAAUCACAUUGCAAUCGAAGCAGUGCUGCAUUCCAGUGAUUAAAAUCAAUUGUGCAGGAUGUUCAAGAGGUUAGAAAUAACUACCUUUAUAGAGAUGUCAUUUAGAAAUUUAGCGUGAUGAAAAUAUUCAUGUUUAUACUGGGAGAAUGAUUUUUUGUAAAGAGUGAAAAUAUGAUUUCUUAAGAUUACAGACAGAAAUGUGUCUUAAUGGCUAAAGAGGAAAAUUAGAUACUAUGAAAAACAUUUUUCUGUAUUUUUACAAAGAAUGUUCUGUUGAUUCCCUGGUUUAUUCCUAAAGCAAAUGACAUCCAUAUUUUCUCUAGUUCAUGUCAUUUGUGAUCUGUUUAUAUGCCUGAGAAUAUGAAUGGAAUGAGACUAAAAUUAGAAGCUUUGGUGGGGUGGCAUGUCAUGGUCUGCAUUUGAAUUAUUUUUACUUUUUAAUCUUACACUUGGUUUAUUAGAAACUAUAGAAAAUAAUGUAUGAAGCCUAGGGUUUCUGAAAUGCAAGCACAGACUUAUCAAGGUAUUUUCUUUGUCACAGCAGACUACUCUGUAAUUCCCUCCUGCCCCUGGGUCUCACCUAACCACCCUUCUUAGGGGCAUGAAAUAACCAGAGGCAGAAAGGAACCAUACAGUUUCUCUUGGAAGUGCCACUGGGUUGGAUACCAAUAGAACAGAGUACCCUAUCCUAGCUCUUUAACAUUAAUAAACUCACCCAACUGUUUUCACUAUAAA